CGAACAUUUCACCAUGGCUGAGUCUGUCGCGCAUCUCAAAAGCCUGUACAAUGUGGAAGCCACAUUCGAGUAUACGGGCCGUAGGAGACUUGCGCGAGCCCUGUGCGACUUCUUCCAUUCUACGUCCGUUGAUCACUCUUUCCGGCUUGACGACCACAAAGUGCUUAUUACUGGAUUUCCGCUUCAGCUGCUCAGAGACGUUGAUGUACCGCUUUAUCCAGUAAAGGGACGAUCAUUAUACUUUCACGACACUCAGAUCUUGAUCCUGACGAUGCCGGGGCUUCCACACGAGAUUCUCACCGAUGAGUUACGCCAUCUCUUUAACGCCAAAGUCGACAGCAUGAACUGCCAAGAAGAACUGAUUAAAAGAGGCUCCACGACGGAAGAGCUCGACAGGAAAGAUAAAGAGGCCGACGGGUCCUGGGGACCGGCAGCCUUGCGCCGUCCUACUUGUGUACUCGAAGUAAGUGCAUCACAAAGCACCCGGCAAUUACAGCUUGAUGCCAGGCGCUGGCUAGAGAGUGAGAUAUCUUAUGUAACACAAGUUAUCACUGCCAAGAUACAUCCACAGCGACAUGAAAUUAUCCUCACCAUCUGGCGGAGAACAGCUUCUCGGCAAGUCGAGAAGAAGGACGAGGUCCAUAUAGAGUUACACGAUAGCCAACCAAUAGUCGGAGCGAAUAGGUGCCUACAAAUCUGCUUCGAGCAACUUUUUCGGCGACCACCAACCCGCGGCACUGCAGAGAGAGAUUUGGUUUUUACGGCACGAGAGCUGAGCGGUAUUGCCCGCAGCGUCUGGAUAGGUGCUGGUGUGAUUCCUCCUGGAUAAGGGAGAGAGGGU